AUGUCUCCCACUAAAUCCUUCUCCGUCAUCACUCUUUUCAUCCUGACUCGGGCUUUGUCCAUUUCAGCCAACUUGUUUAAUAUCCCAACUCUGUUAGUGCCCCCCUCGGAUACCAGGCCGACCACGAUCCUCUCAAUCGGUCCUGAUCUAGCCAGGUCGAAGAAGUACGUCCAUCUCACCGGAGCCAGCUACUGUUUCAACAUUUCCACGUGGGACUGCAUUUUUUGCAAAAUAUCGAAAAACUAUGGCUUCGAAUUUGUCUCCGAGUUUCGCAACAAAUCUGCAAACACGUACGGUUUCAUAGCCGUGAAUAAUUACGAGAAGGAAAUAAUUGUCACGAUUCGAGGAACAUUAAAUAUGAACAAUGUCCUGCAAGAUUCGGACUGGGUGAUGGUGGACCCGAACGAUGGGAGGACCGUGGUGAAAAUAGGGGACGGGGAGACAAUAGGGGUCAAUCGAGGCUUCGUGAGGGCAGUUGGAUCACUGUUUCCCCAACUCGUGACACAAUUGAAUGUAGCAAUGAGAAAUCAUCACAACUACGCGUUGGUGCUAAUUGGUCACAGUCUCGGCCCUGCGCAAGCCUCCAUCAUUCUCUACAUGUUAAAAGAACGGAUCAAUCUUCCCCCCGAUUUUCCUGUCCCGAAAUCCUUCGCCUUUUUCGGAUUCGGGGUCCUCGCGUGGGCAACCGGGUCUACGCGGAUUACUGGAAUAGUCAAAACAUGCCGAUCACCCGGGUAUCCAACAAGGCCGACUUUGCCGCCUACCUUCCCCCCUCGAUCCAUGGGUACGUCCACUUCGGAUCGGAAGUCUGGAUCAAUUCUAAGGAAGAGGAGAUAA